AUGAUAUGCUAUUCAAUCCUGGGACCCUUUUUCCCUUCAGAGGCAGAAAAAAAAGGUGCAAGUAACACUGUUAUUGGCCUGAUUUUUGGAUGUUUUGCUUUGUUCAAUUUCUUAUCGUCUUUAAUCUUGGGAAAUUAUCUUACACAUAUUGGAGCAAAAUUCAUGUUUGUGGCAGGGAUGUUUGUUUCAGGAUGUGUGACCAUUCUGUUUGGAAUGCUGGACAAGGUGCCAAAUGGACCAAUAUUCAUCAGUUUGUGCUUUUUAGUAAGAGCGAUGGAUGCAGUAGGUUUUGCAGGAGCAAUGACAGCAUCAUUUUCAAUCCUUGCAAAGGCAUUUCCCAAUAAUAUAGCUACUGUCCUGGGCAGCCUUGAAAUUUUUACAGGGCUCGGAUUGGUGCUGGGCCCACCUUUAGGUGGCUUUUUGUAUCAAUCGUUUGGUUAUGAGGUCCCUUUCAUUACACUGGGAUGUGUAAUGUUGGUCUUGGUGCCUGUGAAUAUGUGCAUAUUACCAAAAUACGAUUCGAUCCCUAGCAAGGACUCCUUUUGGAAGCUCAUUCUUCUGCCAAAAGUCUUAGUACUCUGUCUUACUAUAUUUUCUCUAAGUUCAUGCUUGGGCUUUUUGGAUCCCACGAUGUCCCUAUUUAUCCUAAAGAAGUUCAAACUCCCAGCUGGUUAUGUGGGCUUGGUAUUCCUUGGUUUGGCACUCUCGUAUUCCCUGUCUUCUCCUGUCCUUGGAUUCCUAAGUGACAAACUGCCAUACCUCAGGAAGUGGCUGCUGGUAUCUGGAGGCUUAAUGACAGCACUGUGCUUUUUCAUGUUAGGACCUGCUCCUGUCCUGCACAUUGAAAGUCAGCUGUGGUUGUUUGUGCUAGUGCUGGUUUUGAUUGGCUUUUCCCUUGGCAUGAGUGCUAUCCCAGUAUUUCCAGAGAUACUGCACUGUGCAUAUGAGAAUGGAUUUGAAGAAGGUCUGAGUCUGCUGGGACUGGUGUCUGGGCUCUUCAGUGCCAUGUGGUCCCUUGGGGCAUUUACAGGUCCCACUCUGGGAGGAUUUCUAAAUGAAAAGCUGGGUUUUGAAGAGGCCUCAGCCAUCCAAGGAGGAUGGGCACUGUUAAGUGGUCUUGCAGCUGGAAUAUUCUAUAUCACUGAGACAACAAGGAGAAGUUCCAGCCCGCAAAAUCCUCCGGGUAAUAAUGAAGAAAGAACUCAUCUGAUGGGCAGUGAAACAUAG